AUGAGUGAAAAAGUCAUUCAUAGUUUCGAAGGCGUCUGUCCAUUGACACAUUAUGGAAUAUAUGGUAUUAAAAAGAGUUAUAAUAUGCCGAAUUUUCCUUGUUCUGAUAAAACAGAACAUUUAUCACUUAAAAAACAUCUGAUGUAUAAGCAUAAUCUAUCCAAUACAGCUGCAAAUAAAAUCGUACUCGAUCGUAUGAAUACAGUAAAUCUAGCCCGAAAAAGAAAAUCCGUAUUAACAUUUAAUAGUACACAAGAAUUAUUUUCACAUUCAGUUCAUUGGCAUAAAGGUCAAUGUCCGUUCUCAUAUGGCUUUAAUAAUGUUUAUAAUUUAACAUAUUUAAACCAUAAUAUAAAAAAAUUUGAUUGCUGUCAUAGAAAGCAAUGUCUACUAUUAUCACAUUUACGCGUAUCACAUAAUUUAAAUAUGAAGUCCGCUAAAAAAAUUGUCAAAGCAAUUAUGUCAUCAUCAAUUGAAAGUAAACAAAAAUCAUCGAUCGAAAAUGAUAUUCGAGAAAUCAUUUUAUUUCAAAAAGAUGAUAUAGUUACAAAUACAAAUUCUAAUAUUUAUAAUGAUGAUCGAAGAUUUCGUCAUUAUUGUCCAUUAACAAAAAACGAAUUCAUUCAUGAACAACCAUUAUUUAAUAUACCGUGUACUAAAAUUAAUGAAAAGUUCCUUCUAUUUGCUCAUCUUCAGCAUUAUCAUCAAAUGAGUGGUGAGCUUGGUCUCCGUUUGAUUCGAGCUAUUCGUACUGGUACGGAAUCAACAGUAAUCAAGGAUCUAUUUCAAAAUAAUACCUACGAUCAACCCGUAGUGCCCACCACAACAAUCAGUUCUUCCCAAUCAAAGAAUAUUACAAUAGCCGAUGAGAUAGACAUUGUUCCGUAUAAAUGUUUAUGCCCUUACUCAACUAGUUCACAAGACGGAAGUACAAAUCUAGUAGAAGUUCAUUUAAAAAAAUUUUCAAAAUCUGUCAAAAACAUUCCCUGUGAUCGUCCAUGUCCUGUUAAUCUUUAUCGACACCUUCGAAAUUAUCAUAAAGUCGAUUUACAACAUGCGAAAGAUAUAACGAGAACAAUCAUGUUAUAUAAAACAGUAAAAACUGAAGUUAUAACACCAGAAAGUAUCAAUGAAAUUUCAACAUCCAUAAAGAAACGCAUUAAAGUACCAAAAUCUACAAAUGAUUAUGAAACAACAAUAUCCUUAGUUAAUGUGGAUAUGAACAGUGUUAAAUCCGAAGGAAAAAAUGAAUCCAUCGAUUUUAUAAUUGGCCAUGAAAACCCUGACGAAUGGGAUCCUUCAAUUAUUUAUGAUAGUGAAUCACUUUUUCUUUCGUUUGACGAAGAGAGGAUAUGUGAUAAUGGCACCGAAGGAAACUUUUAA